AGGACGCCGUUGCUGCGCAUGCGCAAACUUGCACGCACAGUUCAAAACAAUGGUCAGUUCAGUCUGUAAUAUUUGUAGUUAUACAUAAUAAACAUCAAACGAAGUUUAACGUAGUUAAACUCGAAACGCAUGUAAGAUUAAUCGUUUCCUCGACGGAAGGUGAAACUUAAAGCAGGUAAGAGGCUGAAUGUGGGAUGGACGCAUACUGCGGUGUGAGUGAUGAUCAGUCUGAUGCCGCCAGACAACAAGAGAGACAUUAUUACCUGCUAUCAGAACUGCAGGUGCUCGUGAAGGACCUGCCCAGCUCGUUUCAGCAGCGUCUGUCCUACACCACGCUCAGCGAUCUGGCUCAAGCGCUCAUCGACGGGACGGUGUAUGAAAUAGUUCAAGGGCUGCUGGACAUUCAGCACCUGACAGAAAAAAACCUCUACAACCAGAGACAGAAACUACACAGCGAACACAGAGCUCUCAAACAGGAUUUGGUGCGGAAACACAAACAGGCUCUGCAGACGUGCAAAUCUCACAAUCUGGCCGUUCUGAAAACCAACCAGAGAGCAGAAACUGAGGCUCUCGAUCAGCGGGUGAAAGAUGAGCAGAGGAUGAUGGACGAGAAGAUCGUGGCUGAGAUGGAUCAGAAGGUUCUGGAUCAGCAGAACACGCUGGAGAAAGCAGGCGUGCCGGGAUUUUACAUCACCACCAACCCGCAGGAGGUGAUGAUGCAGAUGAAUUUGCUGGAACUGAUUCUGAAGCUGCAGCAGAAAGAGACGCACUCUGGAUCUCUGCCCUGAAAAGACUCACACGUGAUUGUGAUGGCGGUGAAAGAAUCACACACCAGUCAAACUUCUCGGUUUCAACAUGAAAUAAGUGUGGAUGAUCUGUUUGGACUGCAGCAGGACGUUGGACCUUCAGAUUUUUUGAGAAUCUCUUUUAGUUGAUGAUGAUGGGCUGAAAAGGUCUAUAACAUGACAGCGGAGCACUGAAGAAAUGCCCACCGUUUUUCUUUUGACAUUAAACAUUGUUUUGUAAAUAUAUGUAAAAUUUGUUGCAUCUGAGGUUGUUUGCACACAUUCAGUGUGCUGUUAUAAUUUAUAUUACAUGUAAAGGAACCACAUUAGUUUAUUCUUAAAUAAUUAUUAAAAAUGACUCUGCA